CUUUCAAUUUCAAAGGCCAAUCCCAUAUACCACAACGGAUCGUAGAACAAGUCUGGUGGUAGAGAGACUAUUGCAAUGCAGGACUCCGCCUCUCUGCCGUCCACGCCAGCGGGUCGAAAGACCACCACUGCCAAUAAGGCCGGGCCCUCUACCCCCAACGCAAAGUCCACACCUGGCACCAAUGCUGCUGCUGGACCUGGAGAUUCAGAUGACGAAGGGGACGAGGAGAUGGUCGAUUUGAAUGCUAUGAAGGCGUUCGCCAAGCAAGUGCAACAAGCACCUUCAACCCCAUUCGCAAAGGCUCCGAGUAGGGUAGUCAUCCCCAAGCGAGGCGAAAAGGACUUUGAACCCUUGAACGAGACGCAGACGAUUCAGGAAAAGAUGCUGAGGGAGAGCAGGCAGGCUUUGUUUGAUGGAUUGAGCGGGGUUCGAGGCACCAGCAGCAAGCAUAUGUCGCAUGCAAUCUGGAUCCCCUCUCAAUCCCCUAACCCACAAGUCAAAGUGAUCAAAGGUCAAGCGUUCUUGACCAUGGGGCAUACUAUUCGACCGUCCGCCGACCAGGUCAAGAAGCAUAUCGAACUCAAGACAGAGUUGAACGCGAAGGGAAAAGGAAAGGAUGUACCGGCGUUGAAGAGCAAUGUGGAGCUGUUGCCAGAAGAGGCGCUUUAUCUGCUCGAGAGAGGCUCUUUGCAGAUCUGGCAACCUGGCGGGGGCGGUGAUGAGGAGCUGAAGAUGGAGUUUGACGAGGAUACGCAAACGUUCCCAGGAUGCACGGAGGUGACGGUCAUGGAGGGCUUCGCAAGAUUCGUCGGGAUGGACGGGUUGAUUAUGGAGCGAUAUCAGGUAUAUGCAGGUCUGAGACGAUUAGGAUACACCGUUCAGCGGGUCCCGCAGUUCUUGCCUCAUCGAUUCCGCAAACAACCGCCUAUUAAUCCCGGUCAGACUGAGAUCGCACCGAUAGUGAGAGCGUCAAUAUCGGGAUCGUUCCUUCAAAGCUUCAUGUCGGCCUGCAGACGAUGGGCGAGUGGGUGUAUGCGUCUGCCAGGAUCAAUAUGGCGGUCAUUUGCCAGGUCUAUAGGUCGAAUAGUAGGCGCCGUCCUGGGCAGAAGAAGAUGGGAAGGUUCGGGUGGAUUAUUGAACGGGGCUGGGGUUUCGAGUUAUGGUGCGCUGUAUGAGAAACUGCGGAUCAUUCCUGCCGGGCAUUCUCAUCCGGUCACUAUAUCACCUUCGAUUGCAAGCACGACCUCAGCGAAUGAGCAAGAAGUGACGGAAGAGACAGACCUUUUCGCCUCCCUUGUCGAGAACCCAUACCUACCUUUCUAUCACGUAUGGAAGCCGAACACGCACUGGACAAUGGCCAAAUGGGACAAAGCGAGCCCGGAAGGAUUAGAGGCUAUUCCGCCCGCAUUCUGGAUCGGCGUGGUCGAUGCUAGAAGCGUGCCUUUCCCGACUUUGCCGCAGAUGACAGAGGUUUUCGAUAUCGUUCCUGAAGUACCUAAGCCCUACCUUCGUCGUCGAGCGCCGCCAGCGGGCACGCCCCUUCCGGAACCCGCUCCUGCCUCAUCAACGACUGCGACCUCUUGGGUUCCCGGGUGGCUCAAGAAGGUCUUUGGCAAGAAUCUCAUAAGCAAGCAAGACGAGACGCCGCAAGUGAACACGUUCCUCUCGCUCAAACAGGGGGACAGGACAAUCAUUGUUGCCGUGGUCGAUGGCGGGAAUGUUGGAUGGACGAGGUUGGGCAGGGGAGGAUUCGAGGAGCAUCUGAUGGUCCCGCAUGGGUGGUAGUUGGCAUGUCGUCGUAAUUCGAGAUGCUUUAUCAGGGCGUGUACGUGUAUGGGGCAUGACCGACAACAUGUUCUUUUAACACCGACUUAUACGACUUGCGAUCAAGCAUGUUGCCUGACCUCUGAUUGAUUUGCAGUACUAGAAUACAAAGAAGAUUGCAAUGACAAUGAGUUUGGAGUAAUAAAACAACGUCGCGAUUUUUUUACAAAAGCGUUGAGAUGUUAUCAUCACUUCUGUCAUCUGUCAACCGCUAUUUCACCAGCUCUAGAACUCACAAGAGUCGGGGGUGAGCUCUGUGCCACUGUUUGAAUAGCUUGGUCGCUCCGCCUGUGUCACCUUCCCUGAUAUAUUAUUGAACCAAUCUUUCUUCAACCUGAGCGUCUACUUCGACCAUCGUUGAA